CCCGGCCCCCGGCUCCGCCCCUCCCGGGUUCCUGCCCGCUCGGGGAGUAGUGCCCUGGCCGCAGAGCCGCCGCUGUCGCCCGAUGAAUGGAGUCGCCUUCUGCCUGGUCGGGAUCCCGCCCCGCCCGGAGCCCCGGCCUCCCCAGCUGCCACUGGGCCCGAGAGAUGAGUGCUCUCCUGGGCGCCCCCUCCCCUGGCAGGGGCCGAGGACACUGCUGCUUCACAAAAGUCUCCAGGAUGGCUUUGGCUUCACCCUGCGGCACUUCAUCGUGUACCCGCCUGAGUCCGCCGUGCACUGCAGCCUGAAGGAGGAAGAAAAUGGAGGUCGAGGAAGAGGACCCUCCCCCCGGCACCGCCUGGAGCCUAUGGAUACCAUCUUUGUCAAGAAUGUGAAGGAUGAGGGCCCUGCCCAUAGGGCGGGGCUUCGCACAGGAGACCGGCUGGUGAAGGUGAAUGGAGAGAGCGUCAUUGGGAAGACCUAUUCCCAGGUCAUAGCUCUGAUCCAGAAUAGCGAUGAUACUCUGGAGCUCUCCAUCAUGCCCAAGGAUGAGGACAUCCUCCAGCUGGCCUACUCCCAGGAUGCCUACCUGAAGGGGAACGAGCCGUAUUCUGGAGAGGCCCGAAGCAUCCCAGAGCCGCCCCCAAUCUGCUACCCUCGCAAGACCUACGCCCCACCAGCCCGGGUUUCCACCUGGGCCACUAUGGUGCCUGAGCCCCUCUCAGCACUUCCUAGUAACCCCCGGAGUCCUGCUGCCUGGAGUGACCCGGGACCCCGAGUCCCAUCUGCUGCCCGCGCCCAUCUGGACAACCCUUCCUUGGGGAUGAGCCAGCCCCGCCCCAGCCCUGGUGCCUUCCCCCACCUCCCCUCGGAGCCCCGGACACCUCGUGCCUUCCCGGAGCCUGGCAGCCGAGUGCUCCCCAGCAGACAGGAGUGCCAGCAGGCCUUGUCACACUGGCUGUCGAACCAGGUACCCCGCAGGGCGGGGGAGAGACGGUGCCCCGCCAUGCCCUCUCGGGCCCGCAGUGCCUCCCAGGACCGGUUGGAGGAUGUGACUGCCCACCGCCAGUGGCCCUGCUCCACCUCCCAGGGUGCCUUGAGCCAGUUGGGCCAGGAGGGCUGGCACCGAGCUCGCUCAGAUGACUACUUGAGCCGGGCCUCCCACUCAGCUGAGGCACUGGGGCCAGGGGCACUGGUGUCACCCCGCUUUGAGCGCUGUGGCUGGUCUUCCCAGCGUCCAUCUGCCCGGACCCCUGCCUGCCAACCCAGGGACCUGCCCGGGCCCCAGGCCCUGCCCCCACCUGGUCUGCAGGGCCUGGAUGAUGUUGGAUACAUUGGGUACCGGAGCUACAGCCCAUCAUUCCAGCGCCGGACUGGCCUCCUGCACGCACUCUCCUUCCGGGACUCACCCUUUGGGGGGCUGCCCACCUUCAACUUGGCCCAAUCCGCUGCACCAUUCCUACCGGAGGCCUCUGAACCAUCCAGGGUUAUCCGGCCAGAACCCAGUGCCCGGGGCCUGGAGCCUCCCGCCGAGGAUCAUCGAGAGGAGGUGGUCUUGAGGCAGAAGCCUCCAACGGGCCGCAAGAUCCAGCUGCCCCCUGCAAGGCAGAUGAACCUGGGGUUUAGUGACGAGUCCCCAGAGCCAGAGACUAGUGGGCGAGGGGAACGUCUGGGCAGGAAGGUGGCCCCUUUGGCCACUACUGAAGACUCUCUGGCUUCCAUCCCCUUCAUUGAUGAGCCUACCAGCCCCAGCAUUGACCUGCAAGCCAAGCACGUCCCUGCCUCCGCUGUUGUCUCCAGCGCCAUGAACUCGGCCCCCAUCCUGGGCACCAGCCCAUCCUCCCCAACCUUCACCUUUGCCCUGGGCCGCCAUUACUCCCAAGACUGCAGCAGCAUCAAGGCCGGCCGUCGCUCCUCCUACCUGCUGGCCAUCACCACAGAACGCUCCAAGUCCUGCGAUGAUGGGCUCAACACCUUCCGGGACGAGGGCAGGGCUCUGCGGCGCCUGCCAAACCGAGUACCCAGCUUGAGGAUGCUUCGAAGCUUCUUCACUGAUGGGUCCUUGGAUAGCUGGGGCACUUCUGAAGAUGCCGAUGCCCCUUCUAAGCGACACUCAACUUCUGAUCUCUCGGACGUGACCUUCAGCGAUAUCAGGAGAGAAGGGUGGUUGUAUUAUAAGCAGGUCCUCACCAAGAAGGGGAAGGCUGAGGAUCGGGAUGACAUGCUGGGCUGGAUCAGAGCAAUCCGAGAGAACAGCAGGGCCGAGGGCGAGGACCCCGGCUGUGCCAAUCAAGCUCUGAUCAGCAAGAAGCUUAAUGAUUACCGAAAAGUGAGCCAUAGCUCUGGGCCUAAAGCUGAUUCUUCCCCCAAAGGCUCUCGUGGCCUGGGGGGCCUCAAGUCUGAGUUCCUCAAACAGAGUGCGGCACGUGGCUUCAGGACUCAGGACCAGCCUGCAGGAAGCAAGGAUGACAGUGUUGCCAUCCCCAAAAGCCCCUGGGGCAUCAAUAUUAUCAAGAAGAACAAGAAGGCAGCCCCCAGGGCGUUUGGAGUCCGGCUCGAGGAGUGCCAGCCAGCCACAGAGAACCAGCUCGUCCCCCUGAUCGUGGCUGCAUGCUGUCGCGUCGUGGAGGCUCGGGGACUGGAGUCCACGGGCAUUUACCGAGUGCCGGGCAACAAUGCAGUGGUGUCUAGCUUGCAGGAGCAGCUCAACCGUGGGCCUGGUGAUAUCAACCUACAGGAUGAGCGCUGGCAAGACCUCAAUGUGAUCAGCAGCCUACUCAAGUCCUUCUUCCGAAAGCUGCCUGAGCCUCUUUUCACUGAUGACAAAUACAAUGACUUCAUCGAGGCCAAUCGCAUUGAAGACUCGAGGGAGCGGAUGAAGACGCUACGGAAGCUGAUCCGGGACCUCCCAGGACACUACUAUGAAACACUCAAAUUCCUCGUGGGCCAUCUGAAGACCAUUGCAGACCACUCGGAGAAGAACAAGAUGGAGCCCCGUAACCUGGCCCUGGUCUUUGGGCCAACACUGGUGAGGACGUCAGAGGACAAUAUGGCGGACAUGGUGACCCACAUGCCUGACCGUUAUAAGAUUGUGGAGACGCUGAUCCAGCAUUCAGACUGGUUCUUCAGUGACGAUGAGGACAAAGGGGAGAGAACCCCUGUGGAUGACAAGGAGCCUCAGUCAGUGCCCAACAUUGAGUACCUCCUGCCCAACAUUGGCAGGACAAUGCCCCCUGGUGACCCAGGUUCAGAUUCCACCACCUGUAGUUCAGCCAAGUCCAAGGGAACGUGGGCCCCUAAGAAGGAGCCAUACACCCGGGAGAUGCUGGCGAUCUCCUUCAUCUCGGCUGUCAACCGCAAGCGGAAGAAGCGGCGGGAGGCGAGGGGGCUGGGCAGCAGCACGGACGACGACUCGGAGCAGGAGGCGCACAAGCCGGGGAGCCCACUGACCGACCUCAACUUCAACGAGUGGAAGGAGCUGGGCGGAGGGGGCCCCCCGGAGCCCGCGGUCCCUCGGGCGCACAGUGAUAACAAAGACUCGGGACUCAGCAGCCUGGAGUCCACCAAGGCGCGAGCCGCGUCGUCCGCAGCCUCGCUGCCGCCCGCGCCCAGGGACCUGGGAGCCUUGCAGAGCCAGCCCUCGCGCCGAUCUACAGCCUCCCGCCUCCAUCAGUGUCUGUGA